AUGGCAGUUGCUGGCACUAAGUGCUGCCAAAUAGAUGUUUCUGCCUCGUUAGCAGUGCAAGUCCAAAUCCACUUCCAGGAGGCCUCCCCAGGUCCUGAUGAUGCUGCCGUUGACCCUGGUGCUAACUGGUAUUUCCAGGGGAAGCCCUGGGGCUCUCCUCUGUGGGACGUGCCUCCUACACGGGCGCUCCCUGCGGCACUGCCUGCUCCCCAAGCAAGACCAAAGGCCACUUCUAGGCUGCUGGUGAACUACCAAGAACCUUAUCGCACCCAGAUUUUAGAUUAUCUGUUCAAGCCAAAUUUUGGUGCUGCUUUACAUAUCCUGAAAGUAGAGAUUGGAGGUGAUGGACAAUCGACAGAUGGUACUGAGCCCUCCCACAUGCAUUAUGAAAAUGAUGAGAACUACUUCCGGGGCUAUGAAUGGUGGCUGAUGAAAGAGGCUAAAAAGAGGAACCCUGAAAUUAAACUGAUUGGAUUACCAUGGACAUUUCCUGCAUGGAUAGGGAAGGGUGAGAACUGGCCCUAUGACUAUCCAGAUGUUACUGUUUACUAUAUUGUUUCCUGGAUAUUAGGAGCUAAACAGUAUCAUGAUUUGGACAUCGAUUAUAUUGGGAUAUGGAAUGAAAGGUCAUUUAAUAGCAAGUAUAUCAAGGUGCUUCGACAGUCUUUGGACAGACUGGGUCUAAGGAACGUUGGCAUCAUCGCUGCAGAUGGAGAUUGGAGCAUUUCAAAGGAGAUGAUAGUUGAUCCCUAUCUUAAUGAUGCUGUUCAGGUAGUUGGGGCUCACUAUCCUGGAACAAAAACAGUGCCAAAUGCUAUAUUAACUCAGAAGAAGCUGUGGUCUUCAGAAGAUUUUAGUACUUUCAAUGAUGAAAUAGGUGCAGGCUGUUGGGCUCGGAUCCUCAACCAAAACUACGUGAAUGGAAACAUGACCUCAACCAUUGCAUGGAAUUUAGUGGCUAGCUAUUAUGAAGAACUGCCCUUUGGUCGAUGUGGACUGAUGACAGCACAAGAACCCUGGAGUGGCCACUACAGAGUAGAAGCACCUAUCUGGAUUACAGCACACACAACCCAAUUUACUCAACCAGGCUGGUCAUAUUUACAAGUGGAUGGACACUUAGAAGGAGGUGGCAGCUUUGUAGCUCUGACUGAUGGCCUGGGAAACCUUACAAUUAUCAUUGAAACUAUGAGUCAUAAUCACUCUCAGUGUAUCAGGCCUCUACUGCCUCAUUUCCAUGUGUCACCUCAGAGAGCAACUUUCCACCUCAAAGGAUCUUUUUAUAUGCUGAAAACCCUUCAGGUGUGGUAUUCUAGGCUUGGCUUUGAAUCUGCCCAGUCUACUUUUUUCCAGCAACUCCAUCCUGUAAAGGUCUGGAGGGGAAGCUUUUCUUUAGAUCUAGACGUGGAUGAAGUCUACACUCUAACCACGCUCAAGACAGGGAAGAAAUGCAUUUGCCCAGACCCACCACCAUCUCAGCCUUUUCCUUCUAAUUACAAAGAUGACUUCAAUAUUCGUAAUCCACCUUUCAGCGAAGCUCCGAAUUUUGCAGAUCAGACGGGGGUAUUUGAGUACUUCAUAAACACUUCUGAUCCAGGAGAUCAUGUGUUCACUCUCCGCCAGGUGGUAGUUGAGCGACCCAUCACUUGGGUCUCUGAUGCAGAUCAAACCAUCAGUAUCAUAGGAAAUUUUAAUUGGGAGAAUUUCACAGUCACUUGUGACGUCUACAUAGAACAGCCACAUGAUGGAGGGGUGUUUGUUGCAGGAAGAGUUGACAACGGUGGCAUAUAUGUUCGCAGCACCAAGGGGGUUUUCUUCUGGGUUUUUGCAGAUGGCACCUACAGAGUCACUGGUGAUCUAGCUGGGAAAGAGAUCCUAAUGAAAGGACUGUCUGGAGUCCGGGCCAACGCAUGGCACACGCUAACUCUCAACAUCCAGGGCACUUCUGCCUGGGGGCUGUUGAACGGUUAUCCCCUGUGGGAGAACGUCACCGUCGGGAGCCCGAGCAGCGGCUGGGCUGCUAUCGGGACGCGCUCCUUCGAGUUUGCCCAGUUUGACAACUUCCACGUUGAAGCCAGCUGAGGUGGCGGUUGUGCUGGGAGAACCCAGGUUUCACAUUGCUCUG